AUGCACCAACAGGAACAUCGGCGCAUUAGUCCAGAAACAAGAGACGACAAUGAUGCUCCACGAAUUCCACGCUUGCUGCCUAGCCGCGCUGUGUUUACCAACGAACGGACGGCCGAUUGCCUGUUAGGACUGCUCGCAAGCCACGCAGACAAGCAGAUUCCGCUUAUUGAUGAGCGCGAGUUGGUACGACGGCGUCAACAGACAACAGAGAACUCUCUCCCUGUCACGUCGAUCCAAGCCGCAUCCAGCGUGAUGCAUCCGGCAACGCUGCAGCGAAACGAAGAAUGUCAGCAGAAAGAUUCAAGGAUUAUCAUCAACGACAGCAAUAACAGCUGUAUAGAAGACAAGACGUCGCUGGCAUUACCUCUCGUGGCGUUCCUCGGGCAAUUGAACAAAUGCGGCUCGCCCCGCCUGCCGGACAAUGCAACGUCUCCUCGCUCGUCGUGGGACGAAAGUCCUUUGAACGAGCGACUGGAUGCCACAGCAAGUCCACGACAGACUAUCACAUCCACAAGUCGGUUUGCUCCGACACCGCCUACCACGUCCUCAUGGCGUGUACACAGCCUCCUUUCACCAGACCCGACUGUGAUAAUGCAGUCGCACAACUCUCACAAACGUCGCACACCUGCAUCUUCUUCACCACAAAAGCAGACUGGUGUUACUAUGAGUGCUACAAAACGACCUCGUCUUGUUCGCCGCGUCUCGUCACAUUGGCGCAAAGAGCUGUUUCCGCGAGAUCGGGCUCAGACACGUGAACGGAUUUUGCGCAGUCUGCACAGUCAAUGUCAAGGUGAUUACGAGACGCUCGUGCUGAUUCUCUCAUCGAUGGAGGAGGAGCUCUUGCACAUAAAGACAACGUCCAGCGAUAUAUACGCGCAACAGGCAUUUGAUCUCAGCAACCUUAUCGAGCACGCAACGCUUGAGCGGUAA